AUGGUUGCCGAUUCAGUAGUUUAUCAUCCGACUCUCACAAAACUCGUCAAAUUUUGGGAUGUUACCCCACAAAGAGAAAAGUCGUUUCGUUUACUUGCAUACUUGUCCAGAUUUCUCGGAUACUAUGCUUAUAAGAAGGGCUAUUCAAAGGAAACAAUUGAAAUGUUUGCCAACUUGAAGAGUCACUUUACCUUUAUCCGUAAAGGUAUGAGGUUCUUCAAGCCAAUCCCACAUUUGCAAACCGCUGCUAAGGCCUACGACAACAAGUUAAUGGACCCUAUUUUGCAACUCACUACCAUCAUUAGAAACUUGGGAUAUGCUGGGUACUUGACCAUUGAUGGAUUCUUGUUUUUUAAAUUGUUGGGUGUAGUAGACAAGAAGAAAUGGCCAAACGCAUCAAAAUACGCCAGCAGAUUCUGGUUGCUUGGCUUGGUUGCAGGUAUCAUAAACUCAUUGAGAAUCAUUUACUCAUUAAAUUCUUACAAACAAACCGACGAGAACGAAAAAACAGGAUUGAGUCUUGCAGAUGUCAAGAAGAAGCUCUAUGCCGCAAAGAGAAAACUCAUUUGGGACUUGUUGGAUGCUUUCAUUGCCUUGAACUCUUUAGACUACUUGCACUUUACAGAAGGUGACGUUGGUUUGGCAGGUGUCAUUACCUCAAUCUUUGGAUUGGAAGACCAAUGGGCUGCUCAAAAGAUUUAA